AUGGCAGCGCCAAACCUCCUGAGUGUGAGCGUGGUAGGGAUCUUCUUCGCAACUCGGCUCGGCCACUUCGUUAAGAGUGUAACCGCUCGUGCGCAUUGCUACGCAGUCGGGGAUUCGGAGAACAACACGGUCGACAAGAUGGCGUGCGGUCACCUGCCGGUUCAGAAUGGUGCAGACGUCGCCAGAGUUUGCGAAAACAUCACCACUCAAAAAAGACGUCUUCAUCAUGCCGAAAGAGACAUCUUCAGGGGAGAGCAGCGCCGCAAAACGGGAUAUAACGUAAAACGCAUCGUUUGUAUCCACUUCGGAGACGAACCGGACGCACGAGUGCCCAACCUCAACUACACGCUCUACAUAUUCAUGAGGAAAGAGAUGCCGAAGGAACUCGAGGCCAUAAAAUUCGGGAAACCGGCAGCUUUCAAAGUGCCCGAGGGAGUAGACGAGAAAAGGGCUUUGGGCAUCCUGAAUCCAAGCGGAGGUGUCGCUGUGGUCUGCGGAUACAAUGUCGUCAAGAACACAGCCUCGGCACGCAGCAGCAUUGGACUCUGCCAGCAGACCAGCGUGUUCUUCCCUGACUUGACGGUUCGGGAGCACCUAGUGUACUUUGGGAAGGUGGUCAUCUUGGACGAACCGUCUGCGGGCCUGGACGUCGAGAACAAGCGGGAAAUUUGGGACUUGUUGCUGGGCAUGCGCAGCAAGAGCACGCUGAUCAUCUCCACGCACGACAUGGAGGAGGCCGACAUCCUGGCGGAUCGGAUCAUCGUGAUGGCCGAUGGCAGGGUCCUGUGCAGCGGUUCGCCUGCUUUCCUCAAGAAGGCUUACGGUACGGAUCGUUUCAUCGCAGCUUAUGAAAUGCACGGCGUCGGCUAUCAACUGCGCAUCGUCAAGGACCCCAAGGGACUCGACCUGUCCCAAGUCCUACGGGCGGUACGGAAAGCGGCUCCCAAAGCGGAAGCAGACGACAAGAUGAAGGAGGCCAUCGUCUCGCUCAACACGCUGAGUCACGCGGGAUUCGUCCGGAUGUUCAAAGAGCUGGAGGAGCGCGGGACCGAGCUUGGCAUCAAGGCCAUCGGCGUAAUGGUUGCCACCCUCGGGGAUGUCUACAUUAAGAUAAACCUUGAGUGGGUUCCAGACGGCUUACAACCAAAGGCGGACUACAUGCCUAACGAAAAGGAUGUGGCCAUCGCCGGCUCGGUGUCAGGCACCCGACCUGGUGCCGCCAGACAGCUGGGGGCGCUCCUGACCAAGCGCGCCAUCUUCUUUUCCCGAUCCCACUUCCUGAUCCUCUUGGUCUUUCUGACUCCGGCCCUGGUAUUUCUGUUGGCGUUCGACGGCAAUCGGGAGCGUUUGCUCGAGACGUCCGUCAAUACUCGAAGUCUCCCACUGUCUAUGAAGACCCUCUACGGCGACGCGCACGCGUUCGCCCAGCAUGACGUGGCGGCCAAGGAUUAUUUCGACCAGUACCGGCCACUGGUCGAGAGUGAAGAUGCCAGACUGCGAAUAUUCAAGGAUGCCACCAACGCGUUGCUGGCCGAAGCCCAGGAGGACUACGUUGCGUUCAGCCAGGCCUACCUACUCGGCGGUGUGUUCGAGGGAAAGAGGCUCGAGAGCUGGUACAACCCUUUCGCUCCCCUCAGCCAUGCGAUCGGCGUCAACCUUCUGGACACUGCGCUCCUCCGUCUGCUGACCGGGAAACACGCCGCCCGAAUCCGAACCACGAUCAAAGUGACCGCGAACCCCUUGGCGGGCCAAACAGAGCAACAGAAGCGCCAAAUGGGAACCGUGAACUCGAUGGUUCAGAUGUUCUUCGGACUGCUUUCAUGGACCUUCGUCGCCCCGGCGGUGGUGGGCCUGCUGCUCUCCGACUUCGUCAUCUUCCCGUUCACGGAGACCGCCAGCCACGCCAAAGAGCUCCAGCUCAUGACCGGCGUUUCCGGUUACCUGUACUGUCUGUCCAACUUUUUCUUCGACCUCGUCGUCUACCUGGUGGCCUUUGUUCCGCUGGCCGUGUGCUUCGUCUUUCUGUACAGCCUGGAGACGCAGUCGUACGGUAACAAACUUGUUAAUCCGGUAGCAUUUCUUUAA